AGGCUUUCAUGUCAGCCCUGGAGAAAGAUGCAGAAGAAAGAGGACGGAGGAGACAAAAGAACAUGAAAGAAGCAAAUGAAAUUAAGGAAAAGGGCAAUGUUGAGUUUAGGCAGGGAAACUAUGAAAAGGCAGCACAGUUUUAUACUCAGGCAAUAGAAAAAGUCAGGGACAACACAGCGUUAUACACCAACAGAGCUCAGGCCUACAACAAACUGGGGAGAUAUGAAGAGGCCUUGAAAGACUGUGACUGGGCUAUUAGGGUAUUUGAAAAUUGCCUCAAAGCUUACAUACACCAAGGAAAAGCUUACUUGGGACUAAAGAAUUAUGAUGCUGCUGUGGAAAGUUAUGAGAAAGCCAGAAAAAUAGACCCAACAAAGGAGAAAGUCAUAAAUGACUACAUAGCAGAAGUGGAGCUAGCGCGGAGGUCAGAAGAGGAGGAGGCGACGGCCCUAUCCGUGUUUGAGUCCGGAGAUGAAGAAACCAAGACAAUCCACGAGGUGAUACAGAAACUACAGAGGACAGACCAGCCAACGGUGUUCUACUGUGGAGGGAUGAGGGUGGCUGUUAACUUCCUGGUGAACACCAAUGAGAGAACAGUUUUUAGACUUAAUGGGGGACUGGAUCUUCUCAAAAAUCACCAUGUGCUCUCCAGGUGUAUUUCUGCUGCUGCUGAUGUAUUGAAGCCAGAUGAGGUGGAAUUGUGCUGUGCUGCUGCUGAUAUGUACACUGCUGCUUGUAUUGACAACGAGGAAAACCAGAAACAGGUGAUGGAAGUACCAGAUUUUCCUCUGCAUGUUCUUGGUUUUCUCUCGGCCAAAAAGAAAGGGCUGGCAUCCCUGAAGGCCUCCUUUAUGACAUUUCUGUUCACUCUGUCACAGUAUGGUGUGGGGAGACAGAAGAUACUGGUCACCAUGGAGAUGUCCAG